UGUCAGUGCGAUGAUGGCGCUGCAGCUGAAGACCGGGGAUGCAGCGUACUACCAGAGUGCAGAAUACUGCAGAAAUUACACUUCACCGCCUGUCAGCUACGGUGACAGCAGCCAUUAUCUUGCCCGAUUGCCAGGCCCAGAGACCAUGUUAAAGCCUCCUCUGAGUCUCUUCAGCCAUCCCCAGCAGCCUUUCCAUCACAUGGACUCCCUGCACCAGCUGAGACCUCCACCAAUGGCGCCAACACAACCUCUGGGCCCACCUCCCAUGGCCCCUGCUCAGGCAAUUUGCCCCCCAACUAUGGUUCCCACUCAGACUCUAUGUCCCCCACCUAUAACUGCUGCUCCUCACACCUUAAGGCCUCCUCCUAUACCCCCACCACACAGCUUAGGACCCCCACCAAUGGCCCCAGCUCAGCCACUGGGGCCUCCACCCAUGGCACACACGUUGUUGCCCCCACCUGUAGAUCACUCCCAAGCAAUAGUGCCUCCAACCAUGGACCUCACACAACAGCUGGGGCCGCCUCCUAUCAAUCCUCCUCCAGCACUGGUGCCUCCUCCUGUGGUGGCUCCUGGAGGAGGACGAUUCCCCCUCCCUCCCAGCCCUCUGUCGUCCCCUCCUGCUCCAUGCCCAGACCCUUCACAGCUUCCCCCAAGGCCCCCAGGACAAGCUCCCAUCCCAGCCCCGGUGUCCUGCCCCAUCCCCGGUGGUCCUCUCCCAGGUCAGGCAGCCCCAGCUAGCGAGCAGCCCCAGGAUGAAGGCUCUCCACUGGGGACAGAGGAGCAGGAGGACUCACUGGGGCUGGGGGAACUGUGUAAACCUCUGUACUGUAAACUCUGCAACGUCACCCUCAACUCAGCCCAGCAGGCACAGGCGCACUACCAGGGGAAGAAUCACGGUAAAAAGCUUAGAAAUUUCUACGCUGGCAGUCAGCAGCCUCCAGCCAUCAGAAUCCCAGAUGCCCUCGAGGGAGCCGGCCAGACAGCACUCAGCUCAGGAUCCAGCGACAGUGACGCAAACAGACAGGCUCUCUACAAAGGGGCAACCCGGGUCAUCCUGGCCACAGAGAACGACUAUUGUAAGCUGUGUGACGCCUCCUUCAGUUCACCGGCAGUUGCACAGGCCCACUAUCAGGGCAAGAACCACGCCAAGAAACUACGGCUUGCUGAGGCCCAACAGAACUCCAACAGCAUGGAAGGAAAUUCUGAAACAGCCCCGAGAAGAAGCAGAAAAGAUGGCAGUGAGUACAGACUGGUGAAAAACCGCCGCAGCCCACAGCAGCCUGCUUCAAUGACAGGGCCGUACUACAACCCCAGGCCGAGGCAGCGCAUCCCCAGGGACCUGGCCAUGUGCGUCACUCCCAGCGGACAGUUCUACUGCUCCAUGUGCAACUGUGGAGCCGAGCAGGAGACGGACUUCAGGCAACACCUGGAGAGCAAGCAGCACAAAGCGAAAGUGUCGGAGCUGAGAUACCGCCAUGAGAUGGAGAACCUCGGCUACAGCUAAGAGACGUAAAACGAGGAAGGUGGGGGAUGAAAAUUCAGAGAUAAUAGCGGGACAAGACCAAAGUGUUGGAAAGUCAUGACAGCCUCUUUUUUAGGGGGAUAUAUAAUAGGGGAUUAGCCCUAAUGGCCUCAAGAGCUUGUUGCAAUUCAUUCGAUAAAUGGAUCAAACACUUAAACCCUCAUAUUUGACAUAAUGCUCUGGUACCAUAUACAGCUAUAAUUGGAUUUUCAGGAUUGAUUUGAUUUGGGUACUCAUGAAAUUCAUUCUGUAUAUUGAACAAGGCUGCUUCUUGUCUGCACUUGACAAAGCUGUGGACUUGUGACAUACAAGUCUCAAGCACCUUUUUUGUUUUUACAGUUUUUAAACUUUUUAAAUCACUUAAUAUAUAUCCAGUGGUUCACGUAAGAUGCAAGUUGGCUCUGUAAAUGAAUUGCACAUAAAUCUUGAUGUUGUUGAGGCUAAGGGUGAAGGACUAUAGGUGCACAACAAAACAAGAAGAAGAGGUAGGAAUGCUUCAAAAGACAAGACCUAGCAGAGGGGUUUAAGCAUUUACAGACAGUGUAAACUGUAGAAAACAGAAAGAUACUUCUUGUUGAAGUAAAAGGCACAGAGAAGCAAAAACUCGAGGUCAGAAACAGAUCUGAUCCUUGGGGAAACAAUCAUCACUGAGGAAGAAAGCCUUGUUUUUCAAUUCUAGUGUAAGAUUUAUCCCUGCAGGUACUUUUUAUAAGCCCUACAGCUGGGACUUAUUGUCAAAGUCGUGACAAAGAGCAAAAUUAAACUUUCUUUUCCUCUUAAAGGAAAGAAAACUUAAAGCACUGUUAGUUAAUAUAAAACAAAGCACAAACUGUCAUCUAAUACAAAGUGUUACAUGAAUCUAAGCCAAACUGUAAGUGGACCUUUGUUCUGUUACAGGCUCAAGCCUGCACCCCUGCUAGCCUUGUGUGUGCCUUUAGUGAAAAUUAGGCUAAAGAGUUAGCUUUGGCUAGCCAUUUUUGGAUUAUAGUUAUAAACAAAAUCAACAGUAUUGAUGGGUUUUUCUAUACUCUGUCAUCUUUCUUCUUGUAUUAAACCCUCAUAAAUAUUAAUGUAAAUAUCUUAAAAUAACAUUAUAGAUGUAAAUUUGCUAUAUUAGACACAGACAUGAUUAACUCUUUAAUGUUGGCCUAGCAUAUAUUGUAAAUACUCAUAAUCUAUUUAAUAACUAUAAGGAAUCUUGUACAAAGUGUGCACUGACUGAAUGUCUGCCUAUAAGCUCUGUAUGUAUGUGUGUCGAUUUCACUGCUAACACAUUCUGGGUGAACGUUUUGUUCAUUUGUGAAGUAACUCUGGUACCAUCCGUCUGUAGUGAAAAGCUGCUAGUCUCAUCAUAUUUUCUUUAAAGCUGAGAUUUCUUCAGAGGAAGAAUAAAAGCUGAGUCUUUGUCUCAACACAAAAGUCAAACUGAAGUAGAAAUGUGCAGAAACCUGGAUGCAUGCAGCUGAAAGCAGUUACAUCUAAACUUCUAAUUAGUUUGCAAAUUGCAAAUGAACGUGAUACAGAGCUCCUGGAUGUUUUUGGUUGUAAGACAUAUCAUUAAAUCCCCCAAUCAGUCUUGAUUCCCUGAGGGGACAUAACCAGGUUUUACUGCAGUGAGGAACAGCUGCAGAGGAGUGUGAUGGAUUUUGUAAGGAUUUGCAAUCAGAUUUCUGUUGUUUUUUUAUUUCUUUUCACCCCAUAUAUGCUCCUGUUGUUGGUUUUUUUGUUAAGACAAGACCAUUCUGAAAGGAUCAGUUGAAAAUGAGGUGAUUUUCUGUUUGUUUACUGGUGUUUCUGUUCUAAGUAGUCAUGCUGAGGUGAAUAGAUUAUACAGUCACACUUUAACCAUCUAAAAGUGUGCACUGUGCCUUCAGUUACGGCUGUAACCUCUAUUUUUUUUUCAAAGAAAGCAUAAACAGCAUUAAAACGUCCACGUUUUCAAAUCACAGAAGGUGAGAUAUUUCUUUAACCUGAAACAUGUGUCAAAAAAUCAGGUAAGAACCUUUUUUGCAGCAGAGAUAUUUUUCACCUUCACAUCAUAAAAUCAUUUAAGUUUCAUUUUUUCAGAAAGGUUUACAAAAAUCUUUCCCCAUAUUUGUAUAGGUUUUUCUUAAUCAAGAUGAGAAUGCCAUAAAAUAAUCACUCCCUUCAAUACAACAAUUCAUACUGAAUUAGCAAUACAAGUCAAAAUAUUCACAAUUAGAUAUUUCUUCAAUGUUGUUUAGCCCUAUCUAAUAUUGUGUUGGUUAUUAUUAGGGGUGCACCGAUUUCUGGCCGAUCACUGAUCUUUAAAAAGCCUGACC